AUGGAUAGAUUGAGGAGAGGACCUCACACGAUCGAGUCGCUGAGAUUGGCAAUCGAGGCACUGGAUCGUCAGCAGUACCGUGCAGACGCUCCAGAACGAACGUUGUUUCAUUUAGACAACAUCGUCAACGACACUGAAAUUAGCAUUGAACUUGGUAUCCAGGCCCUGGACGAUUUCUAUCCGUUACAAGAGCCAAUUCAGCAAGCGCCUGGAAUACGUCUAGUCGAAGCCAUCAAUGAGCGUAGAACGGAAUUAAAUAAGGUCUUCCUCGAAGCGCAGCUAAUUAUGAAAAGGUCGAUAAUUCUGCUAACCGCACUAGGUUCAAAUAAGUAUUUGUGCGUACCCGCAAGCAGAGCGUUCCUGCUGUACGAGCAAGCGUCACGCCAGUCCGGAAUCCGAUUAAAUGAGCUAGCUAGAACGAUGGAAAACUUGCAAUUUCUUGUACAAACCGCCAAUAGGGCAAUUGAGGCUAAUAUAAGAGCACAGCGCCUUCAAGGCGUGAACGAAAUUCAGCUUGAAAUAAUCACGAUCGCAGCUUACCAAGCUCCACUCCUCGCUGAAGUCGCCAUGAAUCCAGCCUUUAAUGCGGCCCCGCCAGUCGGGAAUCGCGCAGCUCAGCCUGAAAAUGACUUGGUUCGUCAGAUGAUGGUACAAAUGGGUGUGAGAGACGACGAGGACUCUCUUAUGAAAAUUAUGAAGCCGUAUGACGGGAAUCCACUUCGUUGGGCAGAAUUUCAUUCGGUAUUCACGCAAGAAGUGCACGAGAAUGCAAGGCUUAAUAAUUUGCAAAAAUUGGCGAAGCUCAAAAAGGCCGUUACUGGAAAACUAGCGGCAGACUUGGAGCCAUUUAUGAUACACGACGGACAAUACGAGCCCGCCUGGGAAUUCGUGCAAGCACGCUAUGGAGAUCGAAUUAAGAUACAAAACGCGCUCGAUGCCGAAUUAAAAGCAAUUCCGGAAGCUACGUCCGAUUCCGAAUCCCUUCGCAAUACUGUCAACAAACUGAAGGUUUUGUCAGCUAGUAUGGCAGAUGUGAUCGAUGUCGAACACCCAGCUAUUCGACAGAAUAUGGAAAAGCUGAUACCUGGUGACAUCCUCAUAUUGGUCAAACGCGAUAUGGGAGCCAACAACACUACGGCUCGGUUCUUGGAAUGCCUGGAAAAGGUAGUCGAUUCAAAAGAAUAUGUCGAUUCACUGCAAAAAGGGAAAUUCCAGGCCGGCCACACCGUGCUUCAAUUCCAACCUACCUAUGAUGACGAGCAGCAGUGCCAAAAAUGGCCAUGCCCAUUUUGCGGCCUCAGAAAUCAUCGAGCGCACGAUUGCAUCGAAUACGCAUCGGUCGACGAGCGUAUUGAUCGCCUGAAAGAAAAAGAUAAGUGCCUCCGAUGUCUAAGCGGAGAGCACCGGGCCAGAGAUUGCCAACGAGAUAUUACCUGCUUCCGAUGCGGAGUCUCACAGUACUGCUCAUUGUCGCAGUGCCCAUUGCAGAUCAACGUCCUCCAGCAAAUCAUCAACAUUGCUUCUCAUGAAUUUUUGAAGGAAUAUUUGGAGAGCGGCAAGCUAUUCCUGCAUGGAAUGUGGUUCGACAUCUACUCGGGGAAUAACUAUUUGUUCAGCAAGGAUGAUAGGAGAUAUGUUUCUAUUGAGGAAAACACGGUCGAAAAACUGAUGGCCGAGCUGGAGAAACGAUGUGUCCGUCGGGUGCCAGAAAAUAGGCCAGCUGCGGCAAAAGCAUUAGAUGAAGCAAGUGGCUUGAAAAAUGAGCCAUUUUAUGCAGAAUUCUGUACAAGAUUGUAUUGGUUGGAACCAGACUCCAAAAAUACGUUACCCCGGCCUGUGGAUGGCAAAUGUGAGCCAGAACCAACAAUUGAAGCGCAACUCGAAGCAUCUGCUGAACUUGUGGAAAUCGUCGACAAAAUGAGAGAAGGAAAAGAAGUGACUGUGGAAGAGAAAUGGGUGAAGAAAGCGAUCGAGAGGAAAAUGAUUCCGGCUGAAUUCACCUCGGAGGAUGGGUUUCAACUUGACAUUACCCGGAUGAUGAAUAUUCUUCAUUCUCCAAUAUUCCGCGGAGUAUUGUCGAGAACGCGCGGCUGGCUCUCACUUCAAAACAGUCAAGAAUAUCCAUCCGAGAUGGCUGUUUAUGAAUGUGCCGGUGUAUGGAAAGAACUAUUGUUGUGGGGUAAUGAUUCGGGAGAGGAUGGGAUCAACUGUUCAUCAUUUGCAAUUCGAAAUAUACAGAAACUUUUGAAUGGAGGGACAUCCGAGGGUAGGGGAUUUGACAUCCACCGUGGCCCCUGGCAUUUCCCAUUUAUCGGCGAGAAACAGAAGGCUUUUGAGGAGAAAUAUAAUGUUCGAAUUGCUUUGAUUACACACGAAAGGGACGAGAGUACUGACCGACUUCUCAGUAUCUUCCCGUGCAACAAGCCGGAGACACUCCUCAGCUUGGGUGAUGGAUCGGAGCGAUACUUCGAGAUUUCCAUGGCUUCUCCCUUCGAUAUCGGGAAAUACGAGCAAAUGGAGUUGGGAAUCAUGGCAAAAGACGAGACAAUGAAAGUGACAUCGGAGAAGAUCAAUGAAUGGACAUACAAACGGACAAUGGAACCGGAAGAAGAGGGGGAAGAGCCAUGGAUCUGGACGGCAAACUAUCGACCGACAUUUGAUGAUAUCAAUUGUUUCCAUUGUCUCAAGGGUCCAUUACCAGAUAUGGCGGCCGCAGCAUCGGAUCCCUAUCCCGAACUUGCCCUACUUGAUGCCGAGAAUCGAAUUCUGGUCCAGACGCUAACCGACCAGAUGGUCAAUGGUGAGCCGGCCUUGAAGGAGCUUGCGGAAGAGGAUGAAGACUAUCUGCUUUACAAAGAGGAAAUUGCGCAAGAAGAAGCCCUAAAAUCUCACCCACCGGAAGAGUUUUUUUUCGAGGAUAACGAGAUA